AUGCAUCCCCAAUGCAGCGGUACCGCAAGUACCAGCGCGAGCGCCGAAGCCCAAGCCCAAGCACGAGCCGAAGACUCCCUCCGCACACGAGAUGCCAUAACCAACAGACGACGGACUGCCAACUUCCGCCGACGCAGCCUCAAGAGUCUCAGCCUCUUCCUCCCCAGCCCAGGUAAUGGCAAUAGUUCAAGCUCAAGACCGAAUAGUUUUGCACUGGGAGCGGGCUGGACGGCGGUGGGCAAGAUUAAUGCGGACGUUGUACGAGAGAUUGCGGAUUUGCUUGCCCCGAGCGAUAUUUUGAGCUUUAGUAUGACGAGCUCCCAGCUCCGCUACCUCCUCCUCCCCGCGCUCUACGAAACCGUCGUCCUCAAAUCGAGUAAGAACUGUCGUCGGACGCUCAAGAUGCUCCAGACCAAACGUCAUUUAUGUCGGCACAUUAGAAAACUGGCUGUUCGACCCAACUACUACCUCGCGUGGCCGCAGCAGGACGAUUACCUCGAUGAAGGGUGGGUCGUGGAUCGAUUGAUAGAUUUGGCGGAUGAUUUGAAGGGUCUUGUGACGUUUGAUUGGGAUGGGUUGGAGGUGCCGGAUGAUAGGUUAUGGGAUACAUUACGACUCAAAUGCCCUCUCCUCAAAAGUGUAUUCACAAACAUCGGACAAAACCCUCUCAACCCCGAAACCUCGUUGUUUUCUUUCACCGAUCUCACAAGUUUCUCCGUAAUCGUCCGCCACGGCCUACCCGGUUCCGAGCUCUUCCCCACCCCCGAGGCCCUCCCUCCACGGUUCUGGGACAUGAUCCUAACGCGCUGUCCGAACCUCGAGGAACUGUCCAUCUGCUCCUUCUCCUCCUCCGCCCGUGUGUUCGACUUUGAUCGGAUAGUGGAGGGCAGCUGGCCGAAGCUUAAUAGUCUCACACUUGGAUCGUUUGGGUACCAGGAGGACUUUGCUUUGGGUCCUUCGACGGCGCUGGGGAAUGGUGAACUGGCUAGGUUCUUGGAGGAUCACCCGACCUUGAAAUACAUCCGCUUCCUUUGGAAUUUUAAGCGCUGGAUGAGCCCCGACGUGAUCCCACUCGAUCUCUCACCCGAUGCUCUUCCCAAAUUGGACACCUUCAUCGGGGUCUACCAGCAGCUUGCUGUGUUACCCAAUUUGAAGGAGAUCGAGACUGUGGAUCUGACGUGCGAGCCUGUUUAUGAGAGCAGGCUGAGGGCGGUGUGUGAUGCGUUGAAGAGUUGUGAGAGGUUGACGUCGUUGGAUGUCUGGGUGCAUCUUUUGGAUCCGAAUCGCGAUCAUACGUCCUUUUUCAAGGCGAUUGUGGGGAGCUGUCCCAAGUUGACGGAUUUGCAUUUGAUGUGUACGACUUCGUUUACAGUUAAACCACUCAAGCAGCUCCUCUCGCAACUCCGCCUCCUUCCCAACCUGAAGCGCUUCUCGCUAACUAAAGGCCACAAAUAUCUCGACGAAUCGAUGCUCGAAACCGCCACACGAAUCCUUAAAGACCUUCCGUCCUUAAAGCAAAUCAGUAUCCGCUGGGCCCGCGAGAGCUGUCCUAACCAUCUCAAACAAGAGGGGCUCUACGACGUCGUCACCAACUCAUCGACUGGGGAUGUCGAAGGGAUGAUGGUCGUGGAACGGGGGAUCCCGUUGGUCGGUCCGUCCUUCCGGAGGAGGUAUUUCCAGAAGGUCGAGGUUUCCGCUGGGGAAGCGAAGAGGGAGGGAGGGGAGACGGGUGGGAAGGAGUGGCAGAAGGAGGUGGUGAGGAGGGGAAAGGUGGUUAAGAGACGGAUGAGUAGUAUUUGGAGCAUGAAUUCUGUGAGUACUGUUUGA